GAAGAAGCAGGAAGAAGAGAAGGUCACAAUUCCAAGAUGGCAGCGCGCUGUGUGCUGGGGUCCAUCUGGACUUCUCUAUCUGGUGUUAAAUGUGUGGCUAGCAGCAGCAAUAUGAGUGCCUUUCAGAGUAUAACCAGUUGCCCUCAACUCUCGGUUUUUGGAAAUAUUCAAAGCAGAGGAAUUCGAUAUGUCGUGGAAAAGAAAGAAGGCAAAACAACAAUAAUUGAGGGGUUAACACAGGAUACUCCAGCCGGACCACAUCCACCCAACCCCACAGCCCAGUGCCCCAUCUACCGAUGGAACCUGCAGAACAAAUACAACUACACAGAUGUCCUGUUGCUCAGUCAGUUCAUCAGGUCUGAUGGAGGAAUGCUGCCUCGUAGAGUCACUGGUCUCUGUGCCCAAGAGCACCGCAAGAUCGCCAUCUGUGUGCAAAUGGCACACAGAGCAGGUCUUCUCCCCGAUCACAAACCACCUCUCCCAGAGGGACACGUACCAAAGAAGCCCAAGCCACAGCUCAACAGAUACCUGACUCGCUGGUCCAUUGAUUCGGUGAAGCCCAUCUAUAGGGCGGGGCUGAAGUGGUGUAAAAAUCGCAUCUCUGUCGGCCACCCAGCUCUUAGAAACAACGUACAAUACGGCAAGAAAAUCCUCUACCUGAAACAUUGACGACUUGCAGCAAUUCUAUUGGAUGUCUAUCCCCAUGGUACUGCUUCCUCAUUUGGGACUCGUCCAUUGACUUUGACAACUAGCCUUUUGAACAGCUGAGGGAGCAUCUGAAUUGGUCCAGCCUAUUUAUUGACCUUUAGUGGCUGUUUCACAUUGGAACAAGUCAUUCGGAGCAGUACCCAGAAGCAACACCCAUUCUGUAAUUUGGCCUUUGAAGAUGCCCUGAAAAUUAACUGAAAACCUCCACAUUUACCGCAAGAGCAAUUGGAUCAGUGUAACACUGUUUCGAUGUAGGUAGUAUGUUGACAUGGUGUACUUCAAGACAGCCCAGAUGUGCAAAUAAAACUUAACUGCUUACUCUCCCUCCA